GUGCUUGAAGGAAAACUGAAAUCGUUAUAAAAAGGGAAAGCUUUCGGAAAUUUCUUUCUAUAAUAGUUAUUAAGAAUUGAACUUGAUGAACGUUUUUGGUGUUUUUGUGUAGUACUAUUUUUUUUAUUGCAACUUUUUAAAAGUGAUAAAAAGAUUUCAAUAAUUUAAAAAAAUGAUUCAUAAUAAUCACGUGUCGGGUUUAGAAAAUACUUCAACGGGAAGUUUGCAAAACUCUCCGGGGGCGCAAAGAAAACCCAUCAGAUUGAAAAAUAUUGCAACGAAAGUUGAGGCCUUUGAUUCGUUACACACGAAACAUAAUCACGAAACACCAUGCAACAAUCACGUAUGCUUAGGUAGCCUUAUGUUACAAAAUGGUAAAAACGCAAGAAUACGAAGCCCACAAGAAAUUUUAUUGCACGCCAAAGAUUUUCUCGAUCAAUUCUUUACUAGAAGGUCUAAUAAUCAAGCUCAUAUUAAUAGAUGGGAAGAAGUCCAGAAAGAAGUCGCGGCUACCGGAACGUAUCAUUUAACCGAAACCGAAUUGAUUUACGGUGCAAAAUUGGCAUGGAGAAAUUCGCCGAGGUGUAUUGGAAGAAUUCAAUGGUCAAAACUUCAGGUUUUUGAUUGUCGCUAUGUCACCACUACAAGUGGAAUGUUCGAAGCACUUUGUAACCAUAUAAAGUACAGCACCAACAAAGGUAACAUAAGAUCUGCUAUAACAAUUUUUCCACAACGAACCGAUGGAAAACAUGAUUACAGAGUAUGGAAUAGUCAACUUAUAGCUUACGCCGGUUACAAACAAUCCGAUGGUUCAAUAAUCGGCGAUCCAAUAAAUGUGGAAUUUACGGAAGUUUGCACAAAACUCGGUUGGAGAGGUGCAGGUACAAGAUUUGAUAUUCUACCUUUACUUCUUUCGGCCAACGGUCACGAUCCCGAUUAUUUCGACAUUCCCGCCGAAUUAAUUAUGGAAGUUAAUUUAACACAUCCAAAUUAUGAUUGGUUUGAAGAAAUGGGACUUAAAUGGUAUUGUUUACCGGCUGUUUCAAGUAUGAUGUUCGAUUGCGGUGGUCUUCAAUUUACGGCAGCUCCAUUUAACGGGUGGUAUAUGAGCACGGAAAUCGGUUGUCGUGAUUUAUGCGAUUCACAACGUUACAAUUUACUUGAACCUAUAGCAUUAAAAAUGGGAUUGGAUACACGAACUCCCGUAACUCUUUGGAAAGAUAAAGCCAUGGUCGAAUGCAACGUUGCAGUUUUAUUCAGCUUCCAAGCGAAAGGUGUAACCAUAGUGGAUCAUCACACAGCUUCAGAAUCGUUUAUAAAACACCUAGAGAAUGAAGUUCGUUUAAGAAGCGGCUGUCCGGCAGAUUGGGCGUGGAUUGUUCCGCCUCUUUCCGGUUCUGCAACGCCGGUUUUCCAUCAGGAAAUGGCUUUGUACUACAUGAAACCAUCGUAUGAAUAUCAAGAUCCCGCCUGGAAAACACACGUUUGGAAAAAGAAUCGCGAUUCGGGAAAGAAUCAAAAGAAACCGAGAAGAAAGUUUCAUUUUAAACAAAUUGCAAGGGCUGUUAAAUUUACUUCAAAGUUAUUCGGUCGUGCUCUUUCGCGACGGAUUAAAGCAACAGUACUUUAUGCGACGGAAACGGGAAAAUCGGAAGGUUACGCGAAGAAAUUGGGCGAAAUAUUCGGGCACGCGUUCAACGCGCAAGUUUACUGCAUGUCGGACUAUGACAUAUCGAGCAUCGAACACGAGGCUCUUCUAUUGGUGGUGACCUCUACAUUUGGAAAUGGUGACCCACCCGAAAACGGAGAGGAAUUCGCAAAAAACUUGUACACGUUGAAACUAAACGAAAACGGGCUUAAUAAUGGAGAUACCAAACUUAGUAUGACAAUGCAAACGUCGAAAUCGUUUAUAAAAGCUAACAGCCAGAGCGACAUAAACGCAGUAAAGAAGCUAGAUCGUUGGGAUUCUCUCAGAGGAUCAGCUAGCGAACCUUUACUGGAAGACACUUUUGGUCCCUUGAGUAACGUAAGAUUUGCCGUUUUUGCACUUGGUUCAAGUGCUUACCCGAAUUUUUGUGCUUUCGGCCAAUACGUUGAUAAUUUAUUAUUGGAAUUGGGUGGCGAAAGAUUAUUAAAAAUGGCUUGCGGCGAUGAAAUGUGCGGACAAGAGCAGGCGUUUCGAAAAUGGGCCCCCGACGUUUUUAGAGUUGCUUGCGAAACUUUUUGUUUGGACGACGACGACGCGUUAUUAGAAGCCACGAUUACGUUACAAAGCGAAAAUUUAAGCUCAUCAACCGUUCGUUUCGUUGAAUCGAAACCGAAAGAUCUCGUUUCAUCACUUUCAAAAUGUUAUAACAAACAGGUGUAUUCAACAAAAUUACUUAAUCGUACCAAUUUGCACGGUGAAAAAUCGACGAGAGCAACGCUUGCACUUGAAUUCGAAUGCAAUUUGGCGUACAAUCCUGGCGAUCACGUGGGAGUUUAUCCAAAAAACCGAUCGGAAAUAGUUGAGAAAAUAUUGAAACGUCUGAAAGGUGUUAACGAUCCCGAUGCGUCCGUGGAACUUCAAAUUUUAAAGGAAACUCAUACAUCAAAUGGGGUUAUGAAACAAUGGUGCCAACAUGAAAAAAUCCCAACGUGUUCAACCAGAGAACUUUUUACACGUUAUUUAGAUAUUACAACACCUCCAUCCCCCAAUUUACUUCAGCAAUUCGCCGUUAUUGCCAGUGAUAAAGAAGAUCAAAAAAGACUUAAUAUUUUAGCAAGUGAUUCAGCUGCUUAUGAAGAUUGGAGACAUUGGCGUUUUCCAAAUCUAUUAGAAGUUUUCGAGGAGUUCCCAUCGGUGAACCCUUACGCGCCACUUUUAGUGGCACAAUUAAGUUUAUUACAACCGAGAUUUUAUUCGAUAUCUUCAAGCAGAGCUGUACACCAAAAUCAAAUUCAUUUAACAGUGGCUGUGGUUUCAUACAGAACUCAAGAUGGCGAAGGACCUGUGCAUUAUGGGGUUUGUUCAAAUUACCUUCAAGAUGUCCCCGUAGGCGAAAAUGUUUGUUUAUUUGUUAGAAGCGCACCAAACUUUUAUUUACCAACUGAUUCAAGUCGACCUAUCAUUUUGGUUGGACCAGGCACAGGAAUAGCCCCAUUUAGAGCAUUUUGGCAACAACGAUUUGCUUUGGCAAACAAUUCAAAACAAAAAUUAGGAAAAUGUUGGUUAUUCUUCGGGUGUAGACAACGCGAAUUGGAUUUGUACAAGGAAGAAAAGAAGCGGAUGGUUGAAAAGGGGGUUAUUGACAGAUUAUUUUUAGCUUUAUCCAGGGAACCGGGAAUAACUAAAACUUACGUUCAAAAUUUGGCAAUGCAAGAAGGUUCUGAACUGUACAAGUUGUUGGUUUUAGAAAGGGGGCAUUUUUACGUUUGCGGCGAUUGCACCAUGGCGGAACAUGUUUAUCAAACUUUAAGGAUUAUCAUUCAAAAAUAUGGAAACAUGUCUGCCAGAGAAAGUGAAAGUUAUAUGUUAACUAUGAGGGAUGAAAAUCGUUAUCAUGAAGAUAUCUUUGGCAUAACAUUAAGAACGGCUGAAGUUCAUAAUCGAUCGAGAGAAUCAGCAAGGAUUCGAAUGGCUUCAGAACCAUAACGAUUAUCAAUCCCAAUAUAAGAAAAUUUACAAAAAUCCUUUUUGUAUAAAAGAUAAUGAAACAUAA